AAGGGGACCAUGUGCUGUGCCUGAGGAGCUGGCCCGCCCGAGGCAGGCGGGACCUGAGGUGCUCAACUCCCAUUGUCCCUGCCAGGACCAGUCCCUACUGCUGGCCGUCACCGUCGUUGUUGGGGUCACAGUGCUGCUGUUUGCCCUGAGGAACAUGAACUCCAGGAGGAAAGACCUCAUCACCUUACAGGAUCCCAACACCAAAUACCUGCUGCCCUUGAUUGAGAAAGAGCAAAUAAACCACAACACCCGGAGAUUCCGCUUUGGGCUGCCUUCCCCGGACCAUGUCUUAGGGCUUCCUGUAGGGAAUUAUGUCCACCUUUUGGCCAGAAUUAAUGGUGACCUGGUGAUCAGGGCCUACACACCUGUCUCCAGUGAUGAUGACCGAGGCUUUGUGGACUUAAUUAUAAAGAUCUACUUCAAAAAUGGAAACCCCAAGUAUCCUGAAGGGGGGAAGAUGACUCAGCACUUGGAGAACAUGAAAAUUGGUGACACCAUCCUUUUUCGAGGGCCGACUGGGCACCUGUUCUACCAAGGGCCAGGGAGACUUGCAAUCAAACCGCACAAAAUGAGCCGGCCUGAAAACAAACUAGUCGACCACCUGGGAAUGAUCGCCGGAGGCACAGGCAUUACGCCUAUGCUGCAGCUCAUCCGCCACAUCACCAAGAACCCAGGUGACAGGACCAGAAUGUCCCUCCUGUUCGCCAACCAGACUGAGGAGGACAUCUUGAUGAGAAAGGAGCUUGAAGACAUUGCCAGGACUCACCUAGACCAGCUCAGCGUAUGGUACACCCUGGACAGGCCUCCCCUCGGCUGGAAUUACAGCUCGGGCUUUGUUACUGCCGACAUGAUCAAGAAGCACCUCCCACCCCCCGGGAAGGCCACACUCAUCCUGGUGUGUGGCCCCCCACCCCUGAUCCAGACAGCUGCUCACCCCAGCCUGAAGAAGCUGGGUUACACCAAGGACAUGAUUUUCACCUACUAA